AUGUCGACCUCACCCUUUACCUCGGCCCACAGGCUCUACGUCAAGUCGCUCUACAAGCGAAUGCUCAAGAAUGAAAUGGAUUGGGUGGUGCGGUAUGAUCUGUUCAGGGCGCGUGCUCUGAACAUUAGAGCAGAGUUCGAGAAGAACCGGCAUGUACACGAUCCCCGUGCGCUAGCGAGCAUCUUAGAGAAGGCUGAGGCCGAGCUUGCAGAGAAACGGCAUCCCGACCCAUACAUCCCUUCCUUGUUUCCUGGUGGGACCAAGUGGGAACGCAACGCACCCGUUGGUAUCUUACUCGAGCCAUCUUUCUUGUGCGCCUAUUAA